AUGUGGUUUGAUUAUGCUACUGGAGAUGUUAUAAGCAAGUUGGAAAGGCUAACUGUUGCUUACCAUGAAUCUGGCCAUGCUGUUGCUGGUUGGUUCUUGGAACAUACAGAACCGUUGCUUAAAGUAACAAUUGUUCCUCGUGGUACCGCAGCACUGGGGUUUGCUCAGUAUGUUCCUAAUGAAAAUCUUCUGAUGACCAAAGAGCAGCUGUUUGAUGUGACUUGCAUGACACUAGGUGGUCGAGCUGCUGAGCAGGAAUUGUUGGGGAAAAUAUCAACUGGAGCUCAAAAUGACUUGGAGAAAGUAACCAAGAUGACAUAUGCUCAGGUGGCGGUAUAUGGUUUCAGUGACAAGGUUGGUCUUCUUUCUUUCCCUCAAAGGGAUGAUGCAUUUGAGAUGACCAAGCCUUAUAGCAGCAAGACAGGUGCGAUUAUCGACAGCGAAGUUAGAGAGUGGGUGGGUAAGGCAUAUGAACGAACGGUGCAACUGAUAGAGGAGCACAAGGAGCAUGUUGCUUGGAUAGCGGAAUUGCUUCUGGAGAAAGAGGUCCUUCACAGGAAGACUUGGUUUAAGCAAGGGUUCCAAGAAGAAGAAGACAAAGCCUCAACAGAUGCCAAAACUAUACAAGAUAACAAUGGUUCAACACCCUUGGAACCUGAGGUGCUGCCUGCAUAG